GCAACAGUCGGAACAAAUUUGUUCAGCUCGGGUAGUAACUUUUCGUGAAUGCCUGAAUACAAUUGUGUCGGUCGCAUUUAUCUCGUUCUUCGAAAUUUGGUAAGCAGUCAAAAAUAUUCCUCGGAUCGAUCAAGUGCGCUGCGAUUUCAUAGCUGAGAAAUGUCGGCCAAAGCGAUCCGGGAAGCGACUGGAAAGGACUUAAUAAAUCGAAAGCUCCCGGCUGGUACGAAGGCAACAAAAUGCCAGUUCGUUUCGGUCACAGAAAACACAAACUGGCCACAUUUGAUUGCCGAAAAUCCCUGGUUGAAAACGGAGAAGUUGGUCGUGAAACCCGAUCAAUUAAUUAAACGAAGAGGCAAAUUGGGACUUAUCAAGGUUAACGCAGAUCUCCCAACUGUUCAGAAAUGGGUCGCGGAGCGAAUGAACAAGACUCAGCUGGUUGGAAAAGCAACCGGAAAACUAAAGUCUUUCAUCAUCGAGCCGUUCGUACCACACACACCGGAAGAAGAGGCCUACGUAUGUAUUUAUUCGCACCGCACUGCCGACACGAUAUUAUUUCAUCAUGAAGGUGGUGUCGACAUCGGAGACGUUGAUGCGAAAGCCUUGAAACUUGAAGUUCUCGUAGGUUCCGAACCUCCCGAUCAGAAAACUUUAGUCGACAGACUUUUAGUAAACGUUGCGGACGACAAAAAACCCGUAAUUUGCAAUUUUAUCUCCUCUCUUUACAAAUUGUACGUGAAUUUGUAUUUCACUUACUUGGAGAUAAAUCCCCUCGUCGUCACCGAUGAUGCGAUUUACAUUUUGGAUUUGGCCGCAAAACUCGACACGACCGCGGAUUUUAUCUGCAGGCCAGACUGGGGAGAAAUUGAUUAUCCUCCUCCCUUUGGACGAGACGCUUAUCCUGAGGAAGCAUACAUCGCCGACCUGGACGCAAAGUCCGGGGCGAGUUUAAAACUCACGAUUUUGAAUCCCAGUGGGAGAAUUUGGACAAUGGUCGCUGGUGGCGGAGCCUCUGUUAUUUACUCAGACACAAUUUGCGACCUGGGCGGUGCUUCCGAAUUAGCAAAUUAUGGAGAAUAUUCCGGGGCGCCUAGCGAGCAACAAACCUAUGAAUACGCAAAAACGCUUCUAGGUUUAAUGACUAAAGAAAAACACCCGGAGGGAAAAGUUCUCAUCGUUGGAGGAGGAAUUGCGAAUUUCACUAAUGUAGCUGCAACUUUUAAGGGAAUUGUCAAAGCCCUACAGGAAUUUCAACCUAAACUGGUCGAGCAUAAUAUUAAAAUAUUCGUGAGACGAGCUGGUCCCAAUUUUCAGGAAGGUCUCAGAAUCAUCCGUGAGGUUGGAAAAAGACUCGCAAUUCCUGUGCACGUUUUCGGCCCAGAGACUCACAUGACAGCCAUUUGUGCAAUGGCACUGGGAACAAAACCAAUUCCCGACCCGGAAGCUCAGGAGUUUUCAACAGCAAAUUUUCUCCUUCCUUCGGGUCAGGAUGUUGGACCUAGUGCGAAGACCAAUGGCGCUGCUGGGUCGUCAGGUGCGCCACGGGUAAAGAAGGGCGAUUCGGUCGAUUUUUCAGAGAGCAAGCAGCUGUUUACGAACAAAACACGAGCCAUCAUAUGGGGAAUGCAGACCAGGGCUGUGCAGAGUAUGCUGGACUUUGAUUUUGUUUGCCGAAGAACUGAGCCCUCGGUGGCUGCUAUUGUUUAUCCCUUUGUUGGUGAUCAUAAGCAGAAAUUUUACUGGGGACAUAAUGAGGUUUUGAUUCCCGUUUACAAGCAAAUGAAGGACGCAAUGAACAAACAUCCAGACGCGGACGUGAUGGUUACUUUCGCGUCACUAAGAUCGGCCUACGAUUCUACAAUAGAGACUCUCCAGUUCCCCCAGAUCCGAACCAUUGCCAUAAUCGCCGAAGGGAUCCCAGAAAAUAUGACGCGCAAAUUAAUUCUUCAGGCUCAUAAGAAAAAUGUGACAAUUAUUGGACCCGCGACUGUUGGAGGUGUCAAGCCCGGCUGUUUCAAAAUUGGAAACACUGGAGGAAUGAUGGAUAAUAUCCUCCACAGCAAAUUGUACCGACCUGGCAGCAUCGCCUACGUUUCUCGAUCAGGAGGAAUGUCAAACGAGCUGAACAAUAUAAUUUCGAAAGCCUCGAAUGGAGUUCAGGAAGGAGUUGCAAUCGGCGGUGAUCGUUAUCCGGGAACGAAUUUCAUGGACCACAUUAUGCGAUACGAGUCCAAUCCGGAUGUGAAAUUGAUUGUGUUAUUGGGAGAAGUUGGUGGAGUUGAGGAAUACGAGGUCUGUGAAGCUCUGAAGGCAAAGAGAAUCACAAAACCUCUGAUCGCCUGGUGCAUCGGCACCUGUGCUAGUAUGUUCAAGUCCGAUGUUCAAUUUGGACACGCUGGAUCGUUCGCGAACAGCAAUAUGGAGACUGCCUCUGCUAAAAAUACCGCUCUCAAAGAAGCCGGCGGUUAUGUACCUGAAAGUUUCGAUAAUCUCGGAGACCUCAUUCACAGCGUUUAUCAGGAACUUGUCAAGGACGGCACUAUCGUUCCUGAACCGGAAGUUCCCCCGCCAACCGUACCGAUGGAUUACAGCUGGGCUAGGGAGUUGGGUUUGAUUCGAAAACCGGCCUCGUUUAUGACAUCGAUUUGCGACGAGCGUGGCCAAGAACUUCUUUAUGCCGGAAUGCCAGUGACGGAAGUGCUGAAACAAAAUGUUGGAAUUGGUGGUGUCGUUUCGCUUUUGUGGUUCCAACGCUGUCUACCAGCGACUUAUUGCAAAUUUUUAGAAAUGACACUGAUGCUCACUGCCGAUCAUGGACCUGCGGUUUCCGGAGCUCACAACACAAUUGUUUGUGCGAGAGCAGGAAAGGAUCUCGUCAGUUCUCUAGUCUCUGGAUUAUUAACGAUUGGCGACCGAUUCGGUGGGGCUCUGGACGGAGCAGCUCGUAUGUUUUCCGAAGCUUAUGACGCCGGACUUCAUCCCCAGGAGUUUGUCAACAACACAAGAAAAAAGGGAAAACUUAUUAUGGGAAUUGGGCACCGUGUCAAGUCGAUCAAUAAUCCGGACAUGAGAGUGAAACUAAUUAAGGAGUACGUCCUGGAGAAUUUCCCAACGAAGCCUCUCGUCGAAUAUGCGCUGGAGGUCGAGAAAAUCACAACGAGCAAAAAACCGAAUCUGAUUCUCAACGUUGAUGGAAUUGUCGCUUGUGCAUUUGUCGAUAUGCUGAGGAACAGCGGCACCUUCACGAGGGAAGAGGCGCAGGAAUAUAUUGAAAUUGGUGCCAUUAAUAGUCUCUUUGUUCUUGGCAGAAGCAUAGGAUUUAUUGGUCACUAUAUGGACCAGAAGAGGCUGAAACAAGGUCUCUAUCGUCAUCCUUGGGAUGACAUUUCAUACGUCCUGCCGGAGCAGUACAAUUAAUAAAUAUAUAAUAAUACAAUUCAGUCAUCCCAUGUAAAAAAAAUUAACAAAAAUCGCUUCAUCACUUUUGCCCAACAAGUGAUUGAUAAUUGAAGUUUCCAUCACGAAACUUUUAAUAGUGAACUUUCCCGAUAAGGAAAGAAAAUCUCAUUUUUAAAAGACCUCGCCACUUUUUAUUCAAUCUGGUCAUUUUUUGAUUUUGAUAUUGAGUAACGUUUACCAAAAUCGAUAUUCAAUAAUCGAUUAACCACAAGGAUUGAAUUAUUAUGAUUAGGUUAAAAAUAAUGAUUUUAUUUCCGUAUAAUUCGCAUCCAACAUUCCACGCUCUGCAUUUUUGUAAUUCUUCCCUCUCUCUCUCUCUUUUUUUUUUUUUUGGUUUUUGUUUGCGAGGCGCCCGAGAAUUUUUUUCUAAACUGUAAAUAGUCGAAAGUACAGCAGCACAAACAAAAUAAAAUCUUAUUGCACCCAGAUCUGAAGAGAAAAAAAAUGUUUGAGGAAAAGAAUUGUAGAGUGGAGAAGAGAGAAGUUUAGGUAGGUUUUAGAAAGAAAGAAAAACAAACAAGAAUUUUAAAUUAGGGGAAGGUUGGCGACGCCUUUUGCACAAGAGAAUAAAUAAAAUAAUCUAGAAUGGAAGAAAUAGGAAGAGGAAAAAAAGGCCCUUAAGUUUUCAGAAUGAAUUGUGAAAGAAAUAUAGCGACAUGUAACAGUGAAACAUGUUAUGUAUAAUAUUUAUGUAUGUACGUAUUAUUUAAGGUUUUACCGUGUCUCCGACUUAAUCGCACUGAACGUUAUUUUACGAAGUAUAGGUGAAAAACGAGAACUCAAAGAGGCGGUUGUCGAGUACGAUUAUCUGUAAAAAUAGGAAAGAAAAUCAAGUCUUCUGGCUGUAGAUGCAUGGAUGAAUAAUAAUAAAUUGCCGAAUUCGAAACGAAAAA